UUCUUUCAAACAGGAUGAAACAGAUUCCAAGACCGCCUCUCCUUGGAAGUCUGCAAGAAUGAUGGUACACACUGUAGCAACAUUUAACUCCAUCAAGGAGCUGAACGAGCGCUGGCGGUCUCUACAACAGCUGGCUGAAGAGAGGAGCCAGCUGUUGGGAAGCGCCCAUGAGGUCCAGCGAUUCCACAGAGAUGCUGACGAGACCAAGGAAUGGAUUGAAGAAAAGAAUCAGGCGCUCAACACCGACAAUUACGGGCAUGACCUGGCAAGCGUGCAGGCUCUUCAACGCAAGCAUGAGGGCUUUGAGAGGGACCUGGCAGCAAGUGCUGUCGCCAUUAUUGUUUUUCUUACGGGGAACCUGCACAACUCAGCCGGAAGUAAAAAAUUUAUUCAUAGUCGACUGCAGGAGCUUCACCGGAUGUGGGAACUGCUUCUGGAGAAGAUGCGAGAGAAAGGGGUCAGGCUGUGCCACGCCCAGAAGUUGGUGCAGUACUUACGAGAAUGCAGAGAUGUGUUGGAUUGGAUCAAUGACAAGGAGGCCAUUGUAACCUCGGAGGAGCUGGGCCAGGACCUCGAGCACGUGGAGGUAUUGCAGAAGAAGUUUGAAGAGUUCCAGACGGAUCUGGCAGCCCACGAGGAGAGGGUGAACGAAGUCAACCAGUUUGCCAGCAAGUUGAUCCAGGAGCAGCACCCGGAAGAGGAGCUGAUUAAGUCCAAGCAGGAUGAAGUCAACACGAGCUGGCAGCGGCUGAAGGGACUGGCCCUUCAGAGGCAGGGGAAGCUCUUCGGAGCCGCCGAGGUGCAGCGUUUUAACAGAGAUGUGGACGAAACGAUAAGUUGGAUUAAGGAGAAAGAGCAGCUGAUGGCUUCGGAUGAUUUCGGAAGAGACCUUGCGAGCGUGCAGGCUUUGCUUCGCAAACAUGAGGGCUUGGAGAGAGAUCUGGCUGCUUUGGAAGACAAGGUGGGUGCCGCUGGGCUUAGAAUGGAUCCCACCGGCGUAAAAGUGCUGGAAACAGCCGAGGACAUCCAGGAGAGACGUCAACAAGUUUUGGAUCGGUAUCACCGGUUUAAGGAGCUUUCCACGUUGAGGCGCCAGAAGCUUGAGGAUUCUUACAGAUUCCAAUUUUUCCAGCGGGAUGCGGACGAGCUGGAGAAAUGGAUCCAGGAGAAGCUGCAGAUCGCCUCUGACGAAAGCUACAAAGACCCUUCGAAUCUGCAGGCCUUCUUGCUCAAUGAAGAUCUUGGGGACUCUUUGGACAGCGUGGAGGCCCUGCUGAAGAAGCACGAAGAUUUUGAGAAGUCACUUAGCGCCCAAGAAGAGAAAAUCACGCUCUCCAGAUGCACUCCAGGGAAUACAAUUCCCCCGAAUUCCUUUGCUGUUGUUGCGAUCUGUUCACAUCUGGACCCCAUCUGGUACCACUCCCUUCUGGAACUGGGAGAGAAACGUAAAGACAUGCUGGAGAAAAGCUGUAAGAAAUUCAUGCUCUUCCGGGAGGCCAACGAGCUGCAGCAAUGGAUACACGAGAAGGAGGCCACUCUAGCCAACGAGGAGGUGGGGGCCGACCUCGAACAGGUGGAGGUGCUGCAGAAGAAGUUCGACGACUUCCAGAAGGUGGGUGAUGGACGACCCAAGUGGCAGCCAUGCAAAGAUCUCAUUGGGGUCCAGAACCUGCUGAAAAAACACCAAGCUUUGCAAGCGGAGAUUGCUGGCCACGAACCCCGCAUUAAGGCCGUCACCCAGAAAGGGAAUUCCAUGAUAGACGAAGGGCAUUUUGCCGCGGAAGAUGUGAAAGUCAAGCUGAACGACCUCAACCAGAAGUGGGAAACCUUGAAAGGGAAGGCUUCUCAGCGCCGUCAAGAUUUGGAAGACUCUCUGCAGGCCCAGCAGUACUUCGCCGAUGCCAAUGAAGCCGAGUCUUGGAUGAGGGAGAAGGAGCCUAUUGUGGGGAGCACGGACUACGGAAAGGAUGAGGACUCUGCCGAGGCUCUUCUCAAGAAGCAUGAAGCUCUGAUGUCGGAUUUGUCCGCUUACGGCAGUAGCAUCCAAUCCCUGAAGGAGCAGGCCCAGGCCUGUCGGGUAAGGAGAAGAUAUGUGGAUGUCUCAGAGCCAAUCUGCGUCGGUCUCUGGGAUCUGGUUAUUUUGUCUUCCGAGCUUCUGGAUUCGGAUACUCACCCUGAUGCUCUGGAUGAAUUUGCAACAAAACUGAUUCAGAAUAAUCAUUAUGCCAAGGAAGACGUGGCCACCCGCAGAGACGCUCUGCUGAGCCGUCGCAACACCUUGCAUGAACGGGCCAUGCUGCGUCGAACACAACUAGCCGACUCCUUCCACCUGCAGCAGUUUUUCAGAGACUCGGAUGAGCUGAAAAGCUGGAUCAAUGAAAAGAUGAAAACCGCAACGGAUGAGGCUUACAAGGACCCGUCCAACCUACAAGGGAAGGUCCAGAAACACCAGGCGUUUGAGGCCGAGCUCUCGGCCAAUCAGAGUCGCAUCGAUGCCUUGGAGAAAGCCGGGCAGAACCUGAUGGACGUGAAGCAUUACGCCUCUGAUGAAGUGGCCGUUCGCAUGAACGAAGUCAUCAGCUUGUGGAAGAAACUGCUGGAAGCUACUGAGCUGAAAGGGAUCAAGUUGUGUGAAGCCAACCAGCAGCAGCAAUUCAACCGCAAUGUGGAAGACAUUGAGCUGUGGCUCUACGAAGUGGAAGGCCACCUGGCUUCAGACGAUUACGGCAAAGACCUAACCAACGUUCAGAAUCUGCAGAAGAAACACGCCCUGCUGGAGGCAGACGUAGCUGCCCACCAGGUCAACUCUCUGGGAGAAACGGCAGAGCGGCUGAUCCAGUCCCACCCUGAAUCAUCGGAAGAUCUCCAGGAAAAAUGCACCGAACUGAACCAGGCUUGGAACAGCCUUGGGAAACGGGCCAACCAGCGCAAAGAGAAGCUGGGCGAGUCCCACGACCUGCAGCGCUUCCUCAGCGACUUCAGGGACCUCAUGUCUUGGAUCAAUGGGAUCCGAGGCCUCGUGUCCUCCGAUGAGCUGGCCAAGGACGUGACGGGAGCAGAAGCCUUAUUGGAGAGGCACCAAGAACACCGCACCGAAAUUGACGCCAGAGCUGGCACCUUCCAGGCGUUUGAGCAGUUCGGACAGCAGCUCCUGGCCCGUGGCCACUACGCCAGCCCCGAGAUCAAGGAGAAGCUGGACAUCCUCGACCAGGAACGGGCAGACUUGGAAAAGGCCUGGGUCCAACGCCGAAUGAUGUUGGACCAAUGUCUGGAAUUGCAGCUCUUCCACAGGGACUGUGAGCAGGCGGAGAACUGGAUGGCUGCCCGGGAGGCCUUCUUGAAUACCGAAGAUAAGGGGGACUCCCUGGACAGCGUGGAGGCCCUGAUCAAGAAGCAUGAAGACUUCGACAAGGCCAUCAAUGUCCAGGAGGAGAAGAUCGCCGCGCUCCAGUCCUUCGCCGACCAGCUGAUUGCCGCCGAUCAUUACGCCAAAGGGGUCAUUGCCACCAGGCGCCACGAGGUGCUGGACAGGUGGCGUCGGCUGAAAGCUCAGAUGAUCGAAAAGAGGUCGAAGCUCGGAGAAUCCCAAACUUUGCAGCAGUUCAGCCGAGACGUGGACGAAAUUGAGGCCUGGAUUAGCGAGAAGCUCCAGACGGCCAGCGACGAAUCCUACAAAGAUCCCACCAAUAUUCAGAGUAAGCAUCAGAAGCACCAGGCCUUCGAAGCCGAGCUGCAUGCCAAUGCGGACCGAAUCCGCGGUGUCAUUGACGUCGGGAAUUCCCUCAUUGACCGCGGUGCCUGUGCCGGCAGCGAAGAGGCGGUGAAGUCUCGCUUGGCGGCUUUGGCUGACCAGUGGGAGUUCCUGGUGCAGAAAUCGGCCGAGAAAAGCCAGAAGCUGAAGGAAGCCAACCGGCAGCAGAAUUUCAACACUGGAAUCAAGGAUUUUGAUUUCUGGCUUUCCGAGGUGGAAGCUCUCCUGGCAUCUGAAGAUUACGGGAAAGAUUUGGCAUCGGUGAACAAUCUCCUGAAGAAGCACCAGUUGCUGGAAGCGGACAUCUCUGCCCAUGAGGACCGUCUGAAGGACCUCAACGGCCAAGCUGACAGCCUGAUGACCAGCAGUGCUUUUGACACCUCCCAAGUCAAGGACAAGCGUGACACCAUCAACGGGCGUUUCCAGCGGAUUAAGAACAUGGCAGCCGGCCGGCGGGCAAAACUGAACGAAUCCCACCGUUUGCACCAGUUCUUCCGAGAUAUGGACGAUGAGGAGUCCUGGAUCAAGGAGAAGAAGCUGCUGGUCAGCUCGGAAGACUACGGGAGGGACCUCACUGGGGUGCAGAACCUGAGGAAGAAACACAAGCGCCUGGAAGCAGAAUUGGCUGCGCACGAACCUGCAAUCCAGGGCGUGCUGGACACAGGCAAGAAGUUGUCCGAUGACAACACAAUCGGAAAAGAGGAAAUCCAGCAGCGAUUGGCUCAGUUUGUGGAACACUGGCAAGAGCUGAAGCGGCUGGCAGCUGCACGUGGUCAGCGGCUCGAGGAGUCUCUCGAAUAUCAACAGUUUGUGGCCAACGUGGAAGAAGAGGAGGCCUGGAUUAACGAGAAGAUGACUCUGGUGGCCAGCGAGGACUACGGAGAUACCCUGGCAGCCAUACAGGGUCUGUUGAAGAAACACGAAGCGUUUGAGUCCGAUUUCACCGUGCAUAAGGACCGGGUGAACGACGUCUGUGCCAACGGCGAGGACCUGAUCAAGAAG